AAUAACUGCAAUCGUGAAAGAAAUAAAAAAUAGAAAAAGAAACAAAAAUGAGUGCAUAACAACUUUACAGAACUAACAAGUGACUUCUCUUGCCUUUAUUUAAUGAAUUAUUUGAGAAGUAAAGAUGCUUCAAUUUUCUCAAUUUCUAAAUUGGCCCCUUUUCUCACUCAUCAAAACCCACACCACUUUCUCAGCUCACCUUUGUCCGUCUGUCAUCUGCAAACGCAAUCCAACGCUUACUCUCUCUCUAACUUUUUAUCUCUCUAGAUUUCUAGGAAACCGUUACUUUGCAACUCACCCUUGUGAAACCACACCUCAUCAACAAUGGCAGCAUCGGACUUCUACAUCGGCGGCUUUUUUGGCUCCCUCAACAACCAAUUCUCGCCGGAAAGUCGCUGCUUUGAUCAGAAACCAUCCGAUAACCACCACUUCGCCAUUGACGACCUGCUCGACUUCCCCAAGGAAGACGAAGUCAUGACCGAUGCUUUCUUCGACAGUUUCGCCGGGAAUUCCACUGAUUCUUCCACACUCACCGCAGUUGACAGCUGUAAUUCCUCAGUUUCCGGCAACAUUAGCUGCCGGAGCUUCGCUGAUGCUCAAUUUGCCGGCGAACUAUGUGUUCCGUACGAUGACUUGGCUGAGCUCGAAUGGCUCUCGAACAUCGUUGAAGAAUCAUUCUCAAGCGACGAUUUGCAGAACCUCCAACUGAUCUCCGGUGCCAAACAACCUCCCACCGACACUUCAUCUUCCGAAACAACGCAAGAAAUUCGCCGGAAAACAACUUCCGCCGGCAACCACUCGCCGGCGUUUCUUAUUGACGUGUCCGUUCCAGGCAAAGCCAGAAGCAAGCGCCCACGCGCAGCCCCAUGCGACUGGUCCUCCCGCCUCCUCCUCCUCUCCCCCGCCACGCCACCACCAUCCUCGGCCGCAAUUAACAAAUACGCUUCCAAAACGACGCCGUCGAGGGCUUCUGAGACCACCGGCCGGAGGUGCCUUCACUGCGGCUCUGAGAAGACCCCGCAGUGGCGGGCCGGGCCCAUGGGCCCGAAAACGCUCUGCAACGCUUGCGGAGUCCGGUUCAAGUCGGGUCGGUUGGUACCCGAAUACCGACCCGCAGCGAGCCCGACAUUUCUGUCGACGAAGCACUCGAACUCUCAUAGGAAGGUUCUUGAGCUCCGGAGACAGAAGGAGCUCCACCAACAGUGUCUCAGUCAAACCUCAGUUUUCAGACCAUCCAACGGUGAUGAUGAUUACUUGAUUCAUCAUAGGAACGGUCCUGAUUUCAGACGCAUGAUCUAGUGUGUGCUGGAGCAGAAUGUUAUGGAGGAACUCUAAGUUUUAACAAUUAUUUCCUAAUUUUGGACCAUGUUUAGAAGAUGUUUAAUUUUCUCUAAAAAAAAAAAAAAAAAUGGAGGGAGAAGAUGGUCAAAUUCAUUGUAGAAUGUAAUGUUCUAAAAAUUUUCUUCUUUGGACCUAAUUUGAGAUGUUCAGAAUCAAAUUUUUUUAUUAAAUUUA